AUGGUGUUACAUCGAGAUCCCCCUGCGGUGCCUGCUCUGCCAGGGCCGGCGGCGGCAGGGCGGGGAGAGGCGGGGGCAGGGGGGAACGGGACGGAGAGAGAGAGAGAGAGAUGGGGAGCGAGAGAGAGAGGCCGCAGCUGGGAGGAGGGACCAGCGCGGCUCUGUAACAGCUGUGCUGCCCCGGCGGCGGCCGCCGGCAGCGGGAGGAGCAGGGCACCCGGGCCGCCCGCCGCCGCCGGGGGACACCCGCGCCUCCUCGCCGCGGGGGCGGCGGAAGCGGCCGCCCGGCACCGAGCGGGGGUUGGGAGGAGAGGAGGGCGCGCCCCGCCGCUAACUUUCCCCCUCAGCCUCUCGCAGGCGGCGGCGGGGCCGGGGGCUGCCGUAGCGGCCGGCGGGGCGAGGGGCGCUGCUCCUGCGGUCAGUGCUUGGGCCGGGGAGGUGGCGACCGCGCCGGGGUGCUCUCCCGGCCACCGGGGGUUGGUUCCUAACGCGGCCGUCAGCUCCACCGCAUCGGCGGCGGGGGCGGGGGGGGGGAAGCGACCGGCCCUGCCCGAGGUCUCUAAGCCGAGGGCGGUCGCCCCUUCUCCAAGGGGCGCCGAGGCCGCCAGACCCAGCCCUCACCUGCCCAGCGACGAGCCGGAGGCCCGGGGCACCUGCGCGCCCUGCGGCCGGCCAGGCCCCGGGGGGCAGCGGGGUCCCCCGCCGCCCGGUGGGCUCCGGUUCCCCCCGCGGCUCGCAGCAGCCGGUUACAGCCCGCGGGCCGGAUCCUUCCCGCCUCCCGCUGCCGACGUGCCCGCUGAGGCGGCGGGGCGUGGGGCUGCGGCCCUGCGGGGAAAGUUCGCAGAAGUCGCGCACGCCUCGCUCCCAAACCCUGCAUUGACUUUUUGCCUCCAGAAAGCUAUUCAGCAGAGAGGCUGACUGAUUAAUUGAUUUUAAUGAAGGUCUCCCUAGGCUCAAAUUCGCAGACAGCUUUAUUUAAAAUUAAAAAGGAAAAAAAAAAAGUGAGAGAUUACUUGUCAGGAAAGCUCUUUUUAUUUUUUUUCCCACUUCUGUUUUAUAAUCAUAUCUUCUUUCCAUAUUUAUACAGUUCUACAAUAUUAUUAAUGAUUUUGGGCAAAACUGUCACUAAAAAAAAACUCACAAUCUGCAAAAGGCGCUCUUAAUUGUCCAGACAUAAGCGAUUCCACUGAUCCUGCUGAUGGGUAACAGUCCCAGGCUGUUCUCAUCUCUGUAAAAUUAAGCGUGUGCAUAAGAAUAAGGAAAGUCCUCGCCUGUUUUAUUAACUGUAUUGCAGGUGGGGAUGUGCCUGGCAUUGAUCUGGGAGCCAAAGAAUAGCAAAGCCUAAAACUGCAGUAGAGCGAUUAGUGAAUGGAAAGACAAGUAUUUGCCCAUUUGCUGAAAGCAUGAAAAAUCUUACUUCCAGGUAUCCAGUAUAUCAGAGAACCUAUCAUUCAUGGUGACAAAACAAGCUUUAUCUUGCAUAUUAUUUUAGUAAUUUUCUUUCACUUUAAUAUUUUUCUAAUGUUUUGCCUUCAUCCAAAUACAUUUUUCUUGAUGUAUGAAUCCACUCCAUUUAGUUUAUAUCAAAGAAAACAAACCAAGCACAAACCCUACUUGCCAGAAAAAUACCACAUGAAGAAGCCUUUCCUUACUUCAACGCAUAGAGCUAGAGUUUGUAAAUAGAGCUCACGUAGCCAUGAGAUGCUGAACCACAGAACUGUAACAAUAUUGUAAAUUUUAUACUUUUUAAAAAAUAAAAUGGUAGCACAGACACAUGGUAGUCCACAGUACAUUUUCAGGGUUGACUGUGGUCAACCUGUAGUCUAGAGGGAUUGGGGAACUGCUGCUGUUAGGCAUUUCAUUAAAAUGUGUCAUUAUUUUGAAUAAUACAGAGGCUUUCAGUAUCGGACAUCUGUCAAUUCAUCCACCUGUUUCAAGCAUAGCUUCUUCACAAGUUACUAUUCUUCUGAUUUCUCCACUGGUCACUAUGGGUUGACUCAGCGAAGGAGGAAUUGUUCCUGCUUGCUUAAGACCGUGAUCCUGGAAACUCAUGCCACACAAGCUGCUGUCAUGAAUAAUGCUACAAAAUCAGUGCUCCCUGGAAGGCUAGAGGUCUGAACUUGAAAAACUUGGUAGUCGCUGCCCUUGGUGCUUUGAGGAUGCCUUUUACUGAAGGCUUUAUUGAAGGAAGACUUUUGUUGAAGACACCACCCAUCUGCCAAAUACUUAAAUUGGAGAUACAAAUAACAUGCCUGUUAUCGUCACAUGGAUCGUGAGGUCUGAAUAUGGCCACUACAAUUCUGAACAAAAGAAGAGCAUCAGCUAGUGAAAAUUUAUGUAGUUCUCCAGUAGCAGCUGAGGACCUCUGAAGAGACUCUCCCCACCACCGAGCAGAUUGCUACACAUGGUUUGCUUAGAAUCACCUGUUCAAAGCCACAAACAUUGCAUCAUUGGAAGUAGAUAUUGAACAGCGAUACAAAAAGCAAAAUCUCUGGAAUACUAAAAUGGAAUAUUAAAAUGGUUCUGUGCAAAGAAUCCAAAAUGAGGUGAAUAGUACAGUACUAAGAAAAAUUAAAAAGGAAUGGGGAGAAACUAUGUGAACAGUUAUAUGAGGGAAACAUGGGAAACAUGGUCAAGCAUGGGGAUCUAACACUUCCACAGAGACAGUAUUUGCUGUUUGCCAUCCUAGACAAGGUAUGCAAGUCCGUAUCGCAGAAAAUAAGAAUGCCCAUUGAAAGUAAGCGCCGAGACAAUCCAAAGGCUCCCUCAUUUCAUUCUGAGGAAUGCAUAGUCGUGAAGGCUUCAAGCAUUCCUCUGAUGCCUUUCAAUGUCUAUUGCAUCUUAAAUCUUGUGUUAAAAAAUAAAAGUUGGCAUGUUUCCACAAAAUCUAUCCUUUUCCUCAUCUGCAUAAGAAUGUAUAAGGGUUGAAAGCUACGAUAUACUUAAUUACUUUAAACCCCCACUCAUUUUGUGUAUAUUCUGACUUGUGUACACCCACUGUCUUCAGUGUGAUUUUAGGUAUUCAGCACUUUGCAGAAUUUCAUCUGUAAACAGCUGCUGAAGCUCCCGCUUUACAUAAACAAAAAACUACUCAUCAUAGUCUCAGAAAGUCAUGGGUCUGCUUUAUAAACAAACAAACAAAAAUACUUAUGCAUAAUGCAGUAUUUGGAAACAAACUUGGACAUUACUCACUCUUCAGAACGUUUCUUGAUUUAGUUGUCUCAUAUGAAACAAAAGAAGCUAACAUGCUUCUACAUUAGAUGCCAGGACCUCCUAGUGAGGAAAGGCUUUAAAUAAAAGAGGAUAGAUUGGUGGUGUUUUAAUAAGGAUUAUAAAGCACUGGCAGAAUGCUGAAGUGUCUCACCUCUGAUUCCCAGCUUUUACAUCUGCAUCUUGCAAACUGACCAUAUUUCAGCCUAAGCGUAUCACUGUCCAACAACAACUUUUACAAACCACGGUAUGUAAAAGAAAAAACAGUGUUCCAAGGGCAUAGAGAUACUAGAUCUUACAGAAGAAAAAGAAAAAGCAUAUCCUAAGCCCUACUUGUUUUCAGUUUCUUUCUAACAAAACUCUUAAUGGAACUAUAUCUUUGUAAUAGAGUCUGUGUAUAUCUACAGAUAACAAUCCCAAUGUCUUCAGUUAUUUUUCUCACUUCUCUGUGUUUAUGUUAUAACUAGACCAUGGCCAGCCCGACAAAAGCGUCAAAGGACAUAGCGAAACAAGAAUCCUUACUCCUGCUUUUCUCCUGUACAGGGACCAAACAGAACAGAUAUUAUUUGCAAGAGCUCACUCACUUCUUUUUGCUCUUGUUUGGAGUUCAGAUUACUUGUGCUUAGUUUAUUCUCUGUACCAAUCCAUCUUCCGGAAUAUAAUUUGAACACCCAAAAUUGUGCCAGAAAAAAAGACUUGGGGGGAUUAAUAAACAAAAAUCUUUCUUAGCUUUUCUCUAAAAGAGGUUCAUUAGUGCAUACAUGUGAUGAUUUUUUUGUUCUAGAUCUAUUUUUAAUACUUCAUUUUGUAUAGUUUUGGAGCAUACAGCUGUGUGAAUCCAUCAAAGAAUACAGUUAGAGGCUUCUUACAUGUUUAACAGAUGUGACUCGUAAUGAUGGUAAAAAUGUACUUAGAAGCAUUGGCAGGUUCACAAUUUGCCUUCAACUGGUUUGUGUGGCACAUUUGCAGCUUAGCUGUAGCUUGAGAUUGUAUGAGAAACUGCAUGUUCACAUUGUGUUGUCUUGGAA